AUGGCCGCUCUUUGGGAAACUGGCGCCUAUGCAUUUCGCGCUCUUGGUUCCAAGAACCAACAAUCCUCCGGCGUUGCAACGGUCGCUCAGAUCUUGGUUUUGGUAGCGCCUAUCUGGGUGAACGCUUUCGCCUACAUGGUCUUCGCCCGCAUCGUUCACUUCUACUCGCCCACUCGCAAGGUCUGGUUCUUCUCCCCCUCCAUCCUCGCACUCAUCUUCGUCACCCUCGACAUCGUCUCGUUUGUCAUCCAGCUCGUUGGCGGGGGAAUGGCAGGUCCAGGUGCAAGUCUGGAAGCACAAAAGAAGGGCUUGAACAUAUACAUGGGUGGUAUCGGUAUGCAGGAAGGCUUCAUUGUUCUGUUUCUGGGGUUGGUCGUCAAGUUUCACCGCGACCAGCUCCAGGCGGAGAGGGUGGGACGCUUGCCCGCGGACAAGACUGGUGGCUGGACAUGGUUGCUGUACGCGCUGUACGCAUGCUUGUUGGCUAUCACCAUUCGCAUCAUCUACCGUCUCGCCGAGUUCUCCGCCGGUCUUGGCGCAAGCAACCCUCUGCCGAGCAACGAGCCUCUCCUAUGCCGCGCUCGUGGCUGUCACGCCAUCUUUGCUGCUGUUGUGGCAAACGUCGUUGCGACGACUGCAAUGGUAAGCUUGGCCACGCUGGACCUCAUCAUCAACGCCUAG